AUGGCAAAUCCUUUCUUGAUGGACGAUGAUAUGGGGGAUGGAGAUGGCGAUUUGGCCAAUCCCUUCUUGAUGCAAGCUGAACCAGCAGAAGGUUCCGAAGUACCAGCGGCUGCCGAGAAUCCUUUUGGGGCCAUGGAUACGGCCUCUAAUCCAUUCGCUUUUGGUGGUGACGAACUAGAAGCCGAACCGGAACCCAUACCUGAUAUAGAUCCGGCAAUGAGUUUCUUUGGCACGACGAUUGAAGCAGAAGACGAUGCGCUCAGCUUGAAGUCUUCUGGCGCUGGGGAGGAGGAAGAUAAGGUUGCUCCACCCCGUCCGCCACAGCCGCCACAAAGCACACAAGAGCUGAUCAACACUGUGUCCAGUCAGUUGGAAGAGACCAGCUCAGAGCUGCUGGGACGUAUACCUGCCACCCGUUCACCCAGUCCCGUUUCCAUGCGUGAUCUCCAUUCGCCCAGCCCCACACCCGACUCGGGAUUAGCCGAUCUGCUCGAUGUCUCCGAUGUCAGCGGUUCUAGUAAUCACAAUCAACUCAUAGAUCAUGAUCAGCAGCAGCAGCAGCAACCGCCGCCUCAUCCACAGCCGCCUCAUCCACAGCCACCGCAGCAACAUGACAAUCCAUUUGGGGUGCCAACGGCUGUGCCAAGUAUACAGGGUGCCACACCCAUUCCCUCACCGGCCAAGCAACAGCCACCACGUCCUCCACCACCACGACCGGCUCCGCCUAGGCCCACGCCUCCUGCGCUGCCACCGCAUAGGCCGCCGCCACCGGCACAGCAGCAAUCGCAUCCGGACGAUUUGUUGGACAUGUUCGGUACCAGCAGCGCCAAACCAGCCAAGCCACCACCACCCAAGACCAAAGAGGACAUACUCAGUCUCUUUGAGCAGCCACAGCCGCAGACGCAGCCCAAGGAUUUGCUCAAUGAUGACUUGGUAGAAGAGGCGCCAACAAAUGCUUCUCCUCCGGAAGAAACAGAGGUGGAUCCACGGGAUGAGCCCAUAUUCAGUUCGUUGCUAACCCGACCGGAUGAGAGUACCCAUGACAUUACCUCACAGCCGCAGGCAGCCACUUUACUGGGACACAUGGCGGCGCCACAGGACACGACGCAGAGACAGCGCGCCCCUACGCCGGAUAUUGAGAUCACUACGGUGGAAGAUUUGCCACGUUCAGAUGACGAGGACGAACCCGAACCGGCUCCAACCCCAUCCGCAGCAGUCUCUCAGCCAGAUCCUGAGCCAGAACUAGAACCAGAGCCGGAGCAGAUCAUUGACUCGGCAGAUAUAAGUCCACCCACUGAGGUGGGGGCUGCCACUCAAGCUGCACAGGAGCAGGAGCAGGCACCAGAACCACAACCUGAACCAGAGGUUGAACAAAUGGAUACCGGCUUAGAUUUCCCAUUGGCCACAAGUGGUCUGGCAAGUGGACAGCAUUCUGCCAAUCCAUUUGCCAGUCCCGAGGAGGAGGAUGAACACGACUUUGCUGCCGUUACACCUGCCGUGGUGGGCAAUAUCUUUGCCGUAGACGAUGCUGACGAACCGGAGCCCGCACCGGAAACUGUCCAGCCAACUGUACAAGUGAGCAAUAUCUUUGCCACUGAGCCGGAUGAGUUCGACGCCUUCUCGGCCAAAUUUGAUUCAGUUAAGAAGGAUAAUAUCAGUAUGCUUGAUGGAUUUGGUCCAGGAUCAGGGGCUAUAACACCCACGGGAGGAGAUGCUUGGGGCGAUAGCGCCUUUGGUUCGGCCACAAUAUCGGCGAAUGCCUUCGGUGAUGCGACCUCAGCGGAUGAUGGUUUCGGCCAGGAGGAUGAUGAUUUCUAUGCCAUGCAGGCACCUGUACGCUCCGACUCGGUGGAAUCAGUGGACAAGGAGUUCAGUGUGGUAAUACGACCAAAGACAGAGGGAUCAGGCGGUGUGGCUCCACAACUGGCACCACCGCCACCACCGGCUCGUACAACGGUCACGGCACCAGCACCGACUGAGUCAUCGCCAACAGCUGUUAAUCCGUUUGAAGAUGUCAGCGGCUUCCCAGCUCCAGCAGAGACGAGCAUGAAGCGUAGCGACUCACAGGAUACGCCACAGACACCACUGUAUGAUGAGGAUGUGUCCCAGCCCCUGGAAGAUUAUCCCCGGCUACACUAUGUGGGUCCCGGCUGGGAGAUGCAGUUGCGUCAGCCCAACAAAAAGAAAAUCACUGGCCAGCGCUUCUGGAAGAAGAUCUUUGUGCGUCUAGUGGUGCAGAAUGAUGUGCCGGUGGUCCAAUUGCUCAAUCAGGCUGGCGAUAAGCAACCAUUCCAAGAGCUCCCAUUGCAGCCAUCGUAUUCGGUAUCAGAGAUUGGAGCCCAGCAAUACGAUCAGUUUGGCAAAAUAUUCACCAUGAAGCUACAGUAUAUAUUCUAUAAGGAACGACCCGGAGUUCGACCUGGCCAGGUGACCAAGGCGGAACGUAUUACCAAUAAGUUGACCAAAUUUGCACAAUAUGCCAUCGCCGGCGAUUAUGAAGGCGUCAAGGAGUUUGGCAGCGAUCUCAAGAAACUUGGUCUACCCGUCGAGCAUGCUCCCCAGUCGUCGCAACUCUUCAAGAUCGGUUCAAUGAACUAUGAGGACAUGAAGCAGUUCUCCGUCUGUAUUGAGGAGGCCCUGUUUAAGCUCCCUGCCCUGCGAGAGCGUGCCUUGACCUAUAAAAUGGAAGAGGUUCAGGUAACAGCUGUCGAUGAGAUAACCGUCGAGCAGGAUUGCGAGGGCAAGAUCCUGAAACAGAUUGCCCGUGUGCGUCUAUUCUUUUUGGCCUUUCUAACGGGCAUGCCGACCAUCGAGCUGGGCGUCAACGAUAUGUGGCGUCAGGGUAAAGAGGUUGUUGGUCGUCAUGACAUUAUUCCAGUGGCAACUGAGGAAUGGAUUCGCCUGGAAGCAGUCGAGUUCCAUAGCGUGGUUAAUCAACAGGAAUAUGAACGCACACGCACCAUCAAAUUUCAACCACCUGAUGCCAACUAUAUUGAACUGUUGCGCUUCCGUGUGCGUCCGCCAAAGAAUCGUGAGCUUCCGCUUCAGCUAAAAGCCACUUGGUGUGUCACAGGCAAUAAGGUUGAGCUGCGUGCCGAUAUUCUUGUUCCUGGUUUCACAUCACGCAAACUGGGACAAAUACCAUGCGAAGAUGUCUCUGUGCGUUUCCCCAUACCGGAAUGCUGGAUCUAUCUGUUUCGUGUCGAAAAGCAUUUCAGAUAUGGUUCUGUGAAAUCUGCCCAUCGGCGUACUGGCAAAAUCAAGGGUAUUGAACGGAUAUUGGGCGCUGUGGACACACUGCAGGAAUCCUUAAUUGAGGUCACCUCGGGUCAGGCCAAGUAUGAGCAUCAUCAUCGAGCCAUUGUCUGGCGUUGUCCACGUUUACCCAAGGAAGGUCAAGGUGCCUAUACCACACAUCAGUUAGUUUGCCGCAUGGCACUCACCUCGUACGAUCAGAUACCCAGUGAACUGGCGCCAUACGCAUUCGUCGAAUUCACAAUGCCCGCCACGCAGGUCUCGCAUACCACCGUGCGCUCGGUUAGUGUGCAAGAUUCUGAUGCCGAUGAGCCCCCAGAGAAAUAUGUUCGCUAUUUGGCACGACAUGAGUACAAGGUUGGCAUCGAGACCACGCACGGCGAAUCCACGAAUGCGUAUUUGGCGGCAACGCGUCCCAUAAAAGAAGAGACAACCACCACAACGGCGGCGAAGCCAACUGCCUCGCCGGUGCCGCCUAGCGAUUCGGAUUCGGAUUCCAAUUAAGCAGACACAAAAUAUAUAGCCAGAAGACUUUCGUGUAGAUACAUACAUACAUAUUUAUGCCUCAAGUGUGCAGUAAUCCUUAUUCUUUAACUCACUAAACACUACUCAACACUGACACUCCAAUAGAGCGUGUUCCCAGCGCGUGUAUCGUAUGAUUAGAAAUCCAGUUAGUUAGUUGACAAUAAGAAUGAGAACAUUAAACCAGUAGCAGCAAAUUUUGGGGAGGGGAACACCUCAAAAAAUGAUAGAUAUAUGCAUAUAUCAAAGACGCGGACUGACACGCAGAGACCGAGAAGAAAAAUGAAUGCAUUGCCCAACACUAAACUCGUUUAACUAUCGACCAGAAAACAAAUGUCAACACAUACAUAUGCAUAGACAUAAAGUUUAUUCGUAAUUGAAAACGUACAUACCACAAAAGAAACAAACAAAAGCAAAAGAGAAAAACAAAAAGUGAAGAAAUUCUACUAACUAAAUAAUAUACCAUAUAUUUAUAUACAUAUAUAUAUAUAUAUUAUUAUUAUUUAAAGGACGUUCAUAGUUAUUAACCCCUUAAAAAAAAGAAAACCUAAGCUGAACUUAUACAUAAGUCCUACCUCCUAUCUCCCCCAAAGCUCCCCCAAAUUAUAGAAAAAAGGAAGGUGGAAAUGAUAAGCAAUUUCGCAAAACAUCGUUUGACGUUCAACUAUGAUUUAAGUGAAUCAAAACAAGCAAAACAAAUAGGUAUUCCAUAUAUGAAAACGAGAGAAUUAACACGUAACCAAGGGAUCUCUUUACCCCAGGGUAACGCACACACACAAACACAAACACACACUCAUACACACAUAGACAAAUCCGUUCAGCUAACUACACAUAUAUAUUAUAUAGAAUAUAUAUAUAUAUUUAUGUGUUGAUCAAGUCUUUUAGCAAAAUCAAACCCAAAGGAAAACAGGAGACAAAACGCAGGCGAAAACGUGGAAACACUCGUGAGGAACUGCGAUGGGAAUGGAUUUCCUCUCCCUAGGCCCCGACUCCCCACCACCACCACCACCACCCACAUCUAAUCGAUAGCAGCAUUCAUCAUACGUCAUAUAUAUACACAACUAAAACUAAGCUUUAUCAUUGACUUUAAUUCAAUUUAUAAAACCAAAAAAAGAAAAAAAAAACAAAAUGCAUAUUCAAAUGUUAUUGUUGUGAAUCAAGUAAACCAAAAGCAAAAAAUCCAAAAACCAAAAAAAA